ACUUACAGUUGCCUAACCAUCUCGAAGGAACAACCGCCCCCAUCCAUUCCCUCGCAAGAGUCUCCAGACACUCUCGAGUGCAUGCCUGCAUGCCUGUGCUAGUAACGUAUUCGUAAAGAGUACUCUGUAGUUCGUUUCGCUAACGAAACGUACCGCGCGUGCUUGCUCUCUCUCGAUCUGCAAUUGCUUGAUUGUUGCGAGGGACUCCCGACCGACGGGGUGUCCCCGAGCUUGGUAUUUGUUUGACAAGAGUCGUACCCAUCAUGAGCGACGAAGAGCAACAUCCUCCCCACGCUCCGGCACACCACGGUUCUACCGCGACGAAUGCAUCGAGUGGUGCGUCACGACGCACGGACGCCGUCCCCCUGGCGGCCAACACUGCGUACUGGAACAAUCCUCCCACGGCCGUUGCCACCAACAAUGCGAGACUCGGAAUUGGGCGCGAGCCACCACAAUCACCGGCGGCUGGGGCGGGUGCUUCUGCGGCGGUGGAUUCCACGAGGCACAGAGGACGUUCCGCUCCGAUUGUGACGAGGGAUAUACCCUCGUCGCCACUCGUGACUCCUCCCGGAGCCCGCCAUCGACAAGGACCCGACAGUUUGGCAGCGGUCCGUACGGAAGCGGCCAUCACCAACGCGCAGGCUCCUUUUCAUCGCCGACAGCCUACCACGGAAGAUGCCGUGCAUGAUCCCACGCGUGGAGAGGACGAAGGUACGCUUACCGAUGCGGGAAAGAAAAUACCGAAACAGGGUGUACCGCACGUAUAUCACGAUUUCGCACAAGUGCGGCCCGACGCGGAUCCCAUGAUGAUCGUCCGGAAAAAGACUGGAGGAGUCACUCAGCCAUUUCCCGAAAAGCUACACGAAAUGCUGGAUUCGGAAACUUCUCCAGCAGCGCAAGCCGUUGUCUCCUGGCUUCCCCACGGGAGAGCCUUUGUGGUUCGGAAGCCCAAGGAAUUUACCUCCAAGAUUAUGCCAACCUACUUCCGCCAAACCAAGUUGACUAGCUUUCAGCGUCAAUUGAAUUUAUACGGCUUUCGUCGGAUCACCCAGGGAGCCGAUGCUGGUGCUUACUACCAUGAACUCUUUUUGAGGGGACGGCCUUCUCUUAGUCAACGCAUGGUCCGACAAAAAGUGAAAGGUACCGGUCACAAGCAACCCGCGGAUGCGUCGAGCGAACCGAACUUAUACGCACUCCCAGCCGUACACCCAGAGUUUACAGUUGACGAUGGCAAUCCCGUGAGCGCUGGAGCGAUCACUGCGUCCCACGUGACGGGGCAGGUGCCCGGUGUUUACUCGAGUACAAGUCCACGAUUUACUACGGCUCCUCCCGCUGUGCAACUGGACUCCAGUUUGGUGGCCUCGCCGAGUCUUCACGGAGCAGCGCACUUACUGCACGGGAUUUCGACCGGUUUGCACCCUCGGCACGCAUUGCCACCAACACCCUUUUCCGGGCAAACUCCGUCUACCAUGCCAGGAUUCGGAGCCAACAAUGACGGCAAUACUGACAAUAGCAACACAAGGGGGACAGCCAGUAACGAAAGUAGCAGCAAUGGUCGAUACCGACGACAAUCUCGACAUUACAACCCAGCGAGCUUUCUCCAGCCAUCCGCUACGGAUCAGGUCUAAUGCCGUCAGGGUUUGGGAAUCAUCGAACCAAGUUCGUGACUUUUUUUUGCAUAGUAUGCAUCCGCAAGCUAAUUCAUCAAUUGUAUAGUGUUUCUGGGAUCAGAUUUAGAAAGGCGUCAGCAGAU